CGCGUUACUAACUACUUGCUACUGACCGAUGGAUGGCUCAUACAUACAACCAUCAUGCAUCCCAUUCGUCUCAUAUCGACCAUGCAUAGAGCCAGGCAAGCAAACAACUCGGGAGUUCAACCUCCCCUUGCAAUAUCAAAUGUGAAGAUUAAACUAGCCCGGAGACCGACAUGUCGACGUUGACACUCGCACCGUUCGAAAAGCUCCUGCCCGAUACGCCUGACGGGUGGACCGAGUAUCAUCAGGCAGUCGAUGGUUGGUGGACCUUGUCAGGGCUGCCACAGGCGACCAACCUCAGCCGGGAACAACUUUUACAACUCGAGCAUAUCGCACUGCAUGUCCGACGUUUCCCUCUGCGGCCCGGGACGAUCCCGUUGGAAGAAGAACACGCGGCCGGGGUCAACGGGGACAUGGAUGCGGACAUGCCUUUGAUGGAACGACGGAUGCGGGAAGCGUGGUUACGAUUGGGUUCCAGGCCCGGGGGUCAGAUGCAGAGGGAUCAGGCUAUCAGGUGGUAUCGGAAUACACGAGACACCGCUCGUACAGACAUGGCGUACAAGAAGCUCGUCAGGUUGACCAACGAUUUCAAGGGAACAAGGGGCCAAGUGCUGGCGGCUGCGAGGUCAGCGAUCGUGCGUACCCGGUCGCCGUCUCAUCUUCCUGGACCAUCUCAUCGACAGCACCUUUCCGAUAGUCUCCCGCAGACUCCUCUUCAUCAUCGUCGUUCUGCACCUCGGUAUGAAGCCGGUCCCAGCUCUCACCGUUUGCAAUCGCCCUAUCGAUUCGAACAAGACUCCCAGACACCCCGUCCGGAUCCUGUCCCGCAAACUCCUCUUCACCAUCGACUUGCACCUUGGCAAGAGUCCGUUCCCAGCUCUUACCCGGAGACUCCGCUUCACUAUCGACUCGCUCCCCGGCACCAAGUCGAUCUACCGGUAUCGCAUCAUUACGGAGAUUCUUCUCGGCGGUAUGGCUACGGCCCUGAAGUCGGUCCUGCCUCUCGUUCGUUUGGUUCGUCUCCAUACCCCGCGUUCGAUCAGGCAUAUCCAGGUCCGUCUCGGUCAUCUCCACCAUCCACAAGGACGGAAGCUCGGCUAGGAUUUCCUACAGCUUUGGCUCAUACGAGCCAGCUGCCACCCGCCAGAGCAGACGUCUCGCCAGACGGAUCCCAUACAGCUCGUCCGGAGGGAUCGACGGUUCCUACGACUACGACCCCGCCUGGUCAUCUUCGGGAUAGCGACGAGAACGGCGAUCUUAAAGAGAAUGGCGAUCUACCCCAUACUACACCGCAGCCAACAUCUCAGCCGAUACCUCGCUCUACCUCUCAGCCUGCAUCUCGGCCGGUACCUCAGCCUGCAUCCGAGCCUACUUCUGAGCCCAACAACGAGAACAACGACCUGCCCCGAACUACCCCUCCGCCUGCACUCCAGCCGACACCUCAGCCGACAUCUCAGCAACCUACACCUCAGCCGACACCUCAGCCACCUCUUCGAGCUUUCCGAAACGUCGCCUCUCAGACGUCCGAGCCUGAGCCGCCUCGGGUCGAAGUCGAAUCUCUGCAAGAUCCCGCUGCUGUGCUUCGAUUGCGUCUUCCGGCUCUGGAUGUUCAGGCGGAGAUUGUCGAGCUGCGAAGGCGGUGCGAGGAAGCGGAAAGGCAACGAGACGAUGAAAGGAAACAGAAAGAUGACGAGAGGAAACGGAGAGAGGCCCUGGACACGAAGCUACAACAAGCAGAGACGGACGACAAGAACCGGAGAGAGGCUGUCAAGACGAGACUUCAAAAGGCCGAGACAAAGAUACAACAAGCCGAGACGAAACGAGAGGACGAGGCCAGGAAGCGAGAGGCGGAGGGACGAAAGCGGGAGGCCGAGACCGAGAAGAGACAGGUAGCGGAACAGAUGCUGCAGAAGGAACGUCUCGCUGGACUCCAGGAUCUGAUAGCCAUGUCGGGUACAGGUGCGUCCGAGCUGAAACAAAGGCUAGCCGAAUCGUUUACCGACUGCGGGCCUUGCAGCUUCAAACCUGCCCGACCUAUCCACGCUUACACGGAUGGAGCUCAGAAAUCGACUGGCCAAGAGCGUCGGUACGUGAUCCCGUUUGCGUCUCAUCGCUCGUAUCCGUCUAAUACGGUGGUUGAACCCCCUGACAGGCGCAAAAUCACGAGCAGAGGUCCUGGAAUUCGUCGCAUUGCUGGUCGAGAGCGUACGUCGAGGUGAUUCGGGGUCGGGAAUGAGAUGGUCGCGUCAGAUGGUGCCUCUCGUUUUGGCGGCGGUACUAAAGUUGGCUCCCGAUGAGGGUCAAGGCGAAUAGCAUAUGGGCUUGUAUACGAAUUAUUACGGACGACACACGAAGCGUCGACGAGCAUAUGUCAUAAUCUCCUCCGGGG